GUAAUGCGUCGCUAAUCUCGCUGUAUUCAUGUGACGUGCUUCUCUCCCAUCAUAAUUCUUACUGUAACAAGGAAGCCAUGGAAAUAGCUGGAUGAAUCUCUCUCUCUCUCUCUCUCUCUCUCUCUCUCUCUCCAUCAGUCCAAUUCAGUUGACUGAAGAUCACAAAUAACUUCAAUUUUCUGAAAAACGCCGGUGAUCUAACAAAAUGAAGGCUAAAUCAAGUGGAACAACGGCGGUUUUAUGUUUACCUCAUGUCACUUUCGAGCACAAGAGGGAUGCUUAUGGUUUUGCUGUGAGACCUCAGCAUGUACAAAGAUACAGUGAAUAUGCUACUAUAUACAAGGAGGAAGAGGAAGAACGAUCAGACAGGUGGAAGAACUUUUUGGAGAGGCAAGAAGAUUCUGCUACAGGUUUACAAGCAAACAACUUUAAAAAUGCAGUAGAACUGGUAUCUUCUAUGCAAAGUGAUUUGAACGAGAAGAAAAUAACUGAUGAUGACUUGACUGAAGAUGUAUCCAGAACAGAGAUUAAAAAAUCACACAGGGUUCAAAUAUGGAGUGAUAUUAGACCAUCCCUUUGUGAUAUUGAGGAUAUAAUGAGUACACGUGUCAAAAAGACGAGUAUUUUAGCAAAUGAAGAUCAACAUAACAUGCUAGAGAAUUCACUUUCACCAAUUUCAGAGGUUAUAACAUUGAAGGGAGCGUCUGACGAGGACUCUGAAGACGAGUUCUAUGAUGUGGAGAAAUCAGAUUCAAAUUCUCCUUCAGGCGAUAGUUUGAAUGCCCCUUUUCAAGGUGCUGCAGAUGGUUUUCAGUCUCCAGAAUAUUUAUCUCCAUGGAGAGAAGAAUUAGAAUGUCUUGUUCAAGGGGGUGUUCCUAUGGCUCUUAGGGGAGAGCUUUGGCAAGCCUUUGUGGGGGUGAAAACUCGUAGGGUAGAAAAAUAUUAUCAAGAUUUGUUGCUCCCAGAAAGUAUUCCAGCCAAUUGUGUGGAGCAUGAUAAGAGGUCUACCAUAGAGUCCAUACUAAUUCCUGAGAAAUGGAAGGGCCAGAUUGAGAAGGAUUUGCCUCGAACUUUCCCAGGCCACCCUGCUCUUGAUGAGGGUGGUAGAAAUGCUCUAAGGCGUUUACUUACUGCAUAUGCUCGACAUAAUCCUUCUGUUGGAUAUUGCCAGGCCAUGAACUUUUUUGCUGGCUUGCUUCUACUACUUAUGCCCGAGGAAAAUGCGUUUUGGACUUUAGUGGCCAUUAUAGAUGAUUAUUUUGAUGGCUAUUAUUCAGAGGAAAUGGUAGAAUCUCAGGUUGAUCAGCUUGUUUUGGAGGAGUUAGUGCGAGAAAGGUUUCCUAAAUUGGUUAAUCAUCUUGAUUACCUUGGUGUCCAAGUUGCAUGGGUUACUGGACCGUGGUUUCUGUCAAUCUUUAUGAACAUGCUUCCAUGGGAAUGUGUGCUUAGACUUUGGGAUGUGCUUCUUUUUGAGGGAAAUCGUGUCAUGCUUUUUAAAAUUACACUUGCUUUGAUGGAGUUAUAUGGAUCUGCACUUGUUACAACCAAGGAUGCAGGUGAUGCAGUAACACUACUGCAGUCAAUGGCUGGCUCAACGUUUGAUAGUAGCCAACUUGUCCUGACUGCUUGUAUGGGUUACCAAAAUGUAAAUGAAUCAAGAUUAAAAGAAUUAAGAAACAAACAUAGACCAUCUGUUAGAGCUGUACUUGAUGAAAGAUCAAAAGGACUUCAAGCUUGGAGAGAAUCCCAGGGCUUGGCAUCUAAGUUAUAUAGCUUUAAACAUGAUACAAGAUCACCGGUGAUAAAAAACGAGAAAGCAAAGUUGGUGACUGAUAAAAACACAAAUGGCAUAAACCAUACAGUUGAUGAUUCCGGGAACAUGGAUGGAUUUCUUGUGACAGGCGAUGCAGAAGUAGAGUCUGUACCAGAUCUUCAAGAGCAGGUGGUGUGGUUGAAGAAUGAAUUAUGCAAUUUGCUAGAGGAUAAUCGAUCUGCAGUUCUCAGAUGUGAGGAGUUGGAGACAGCACUAAUGGAGAUGGUGAAGCAGGAUAAUCGGCGACAGCUCAGUGCUAAGGUUGAAUUGUUGGAGAGAGAGAUUGUUGAAAAUCGUCAGGCCCUUCAGGAUAAGCAGGAGCAAGAAAAAGCCAUGCUACAGGUAUUGAUGCGGGUUGAACAAGAACAGAGAGUAACAGAGGAUGCUCGGAGAUAUGCAGAACAAGAAGCAACAACUCAAAGAAAUGCUGCUCAAGUGCUUCAGGAAAAAUAUGAAGAAGUAACUGCUGCACUUGCUGAAAUGGAAGAGCGAGUGGUAAUGGCAGAAUCCAUAUUAGAGGCUACAUUACAGUACCAAUCUGGCAAAAGCAAAGUACCGCCUUCUCAACAAUCUAUACAGCAGGAAACUUCUCCAUUUCGCAGCAGUCAAGAGCCUGUAAUUGAGCCAGUGAGAAAGAUUAGCCUGCUAUCGAGACCGUUUGGGCUUGGUUGGCUGGACAAAUCCAAGGGAAAAGACACAAAUGCAGAAAUCUCCACUGAAAGAUGAAAUCCUGUUGGUGUUAACAAUGCAACAGAAAGAUGUUAAUAAUGGUGUCUUCAAGUGGAAGAGGAGAAAAUAGCAAAUGUUCAAAGGGGGUUGGUUUAUCAUCAUUCUUAUCGGUUUUUUUUUGCCUAUUAUAUUAUAUUUUAGCGCGAGGACUCUAGUUGCAACAAGAAAAGGAACAUUAUAUUUUUUUGGUUGCCAAAUUGCAUGUGAUCAGAUAUCAAGAUCAAGUUCUUUGUUAGUUCAUUUAGAAAAGAGCCAAACCAUAGCUCAGAAAUGUAAAGGAAAAGGAUUAUUAAUGGAUAUGUAUUUGUUCUUAUAGUU